GCGGCGGAGAGGAAGAAAGAUCGGAACUUUAUCAUUUUCACUAAUUGUGGAGAUUCGAUACUGUAUCACUGUUUCAUCUAUGGAAGCGAUAGAGAAUUCAGAAAAAACUAUCCCAGGCAACUCUUCAAGAUUAGCUGGAAAUCCAAACUGGGGAACAGCAACUGUUGUCGGGAUUUUCGCUGGAAUGUUAUAUGGAGGAAGCAAAGAGGCUUCUGCUUCUGUGAGCAAGGAUGCAGAGGUGAUGUUGAAGAUGGGAAGUACACAGGACAAGCGAGAACAACACAGAUUGAUGCGAGAUGCAAUGGAGAAACGUUUCACACGAGUAACACGUGGCUCCCUCAUUGGAGGGAUGCGUCUUGGGAUGUUCACUGCCUCGUACUUUAGUCUACAGAACUUUUUAGCUGAGACGAGAGGAGUGCAUGAUGUUUUCAAUUUCGUUGGAGCUGGUUCAGCAACUGCUGCCGUAUUUGGCUUAAUCAUGCCGGGGUCUCUUGCUUGGCGUGCGCGGAAUGUGAUGCUUGGUUCUGUUCUUGGAGCUACUGUCUGCUUCCCUCUUGGUUGGUUACAAUUGAAGCUCAUGGAGAAAGCAAACGAAGGCAACAAAGAAGAGAUGAGUCACCACUAUGGCGAGGUCACGAGUGGUGUUGGUGCUGCUAUUGAGAGACUCGAACAACAGUUGAGAAAAUAAGUGAGAAAGGGAACGUUUACAGUUUUGUAAUGCUAAAUUUUCAAGCCGAAGGGAAAUAAGAUUUAAGAACAUAAACACUGUUCUUUUGUAAUUUUCGUACAAUUUUGUGUGUAUACAAUAUCAAAAUGCUGAUGGUUAUUCUGCUUUUUUUUAGCACUUUUACA